AUGAGUUCCGAGCGUGCCCAACCAUCCAAAAGACGAUGCGUCAGCACAGCUUGUGUCGCCUGCCGAAAAAGGAAGUCAAAGUGUGAUGGAAACCUACCCAGCUGUGCAGCUUGCUCAUCAGUAUAUCAUACACCUUGUGUAUAUGACCCAAACUCGGAUCAUCGCCGCAAAGGUGUUUACAAGAAAGACACCGAUACAUUGCGGACCCGCAACAACACCUUACAUACAUUGAUACAGGCCAUAUUAAACUAUGAAGAAGCAGACGCAUUUGAACUAGUACGUCAGAUUCGUUCUUGCGAUGAUCUUGAAGAUGUAGCGGCUUCGGUGGUCGCCCAAGAAAAGGGACUUAUGUCUACGGACAAGGCAGCAAAGGAGUCAGCUAGCAAUGAGAACAUGGCUGAGAUAGAUCAAUUCGAGUCAGAGCUGGCCGGGAAGAUGAGUGAGCUCAUGCUUGACGGUUCUCGCAAAUUCAUUGGAGGUACAUCGAACCUCAUCUUCUUACCGCCAGGCUCAGAGCUGCACGAGUCUGCCUCAUUUCAAGACAACCUCAUCUUCGAUGCCGAUAAUCAAACACACGCCGUGAAUCGAUGGACCGAAGUCACAGAUGACGACUCUCUAAUCAGCCAUCUCAUGACCAUGUACUUUACAUGGCACUAUCCGUUCUUCACCACCCUAUCCAAGAAUAUGUUUUACCGGGACUACAUCCGUGGGGUUUCCAGUUCAUAUUGCUCUGCAUUACUUGUCAAUGCUAUGUUAGCUCUGGGUUGCCAUUUUAGCUCGUGGCAAGGUGCUUUUGAUGACCCCCAGAAUCCUGCAACCGCAGGAAAUCAUUUCUUCAAAGAGGCGAAGCGACUCAUAUUGGAGAAUGACGAACAUGAGAAUGCAAAGCUCUGCACUGUCCAGGCAUUUGCACUCAUGUCUGUCCGAGAGGCAGGAUGUGGUCGUGAAGGAAAAGGCUGGGUCUAUAGUGGUCUCAGUUUCCGCAUGGCUUUUGAUCUGGGGUUGAAUCUCGACUCAGCAAACCUUGGGGCCCACAGUCUCAGCGAUGAAGAGAUUGAUGCUCGACGGAUCACCUUUUGGGGUUGCUAUCUCAUUGACAAAUGCUGGUCGAAUUACCUCGGUCGUCAACCCCAGUUGACCUCGAUUAACGCUAAUGUACCAAAGUUCGAUGUGUUGCCACAAGAGGAAAUAGAGUUGUGGUCUCCCUACACUGAUUCUGGAGUUGGCCAUGAACACACGCAACCAUCACGAACCAGAGCUGUCGCGCUUCAAAUAUCCAAACUGUGUGAGAUCAGCAGCGAUGUACUUGUGUUCUUCUACCAUCCAACUGAACUCGAAAAAUCCCACCCCAAACAGUCGGAACUGAAGAAACUGAGCGAUGUCCACACUCGUCUUGAGGCUUGGAAAAACAAUUUGCCCAAGGAACUUGUGGCAAAAGACGGACAGCUACCACAAGUGCUUGUCAUGCAUAUGUUUUAUCAGCUUCAAAUAAUUCAUUUAUACAGACCAUUCCUGAAGUAUACAAAGACGAACACUCCGCUUCCUUCCCAUGUUUCGCCUCGCAAGAUCUGCACGCAGGCCGCUGCGACUGUUUCAAAGCUGCUACGCAUGUACAAACGAGGAUAUGGACUGAAACAGAUCUGCAACAUCGCCGUCUACAUUGCCCACACUGCGUGCACCGUCCAUCUUCUCAAUCUUCCCGACAAGAAUGCCCAGAGAGACGUGAUACACGGUCUCAGGAAUCUCGAAGAAAUGGCCGAGGGCUGGCUCUGUGCUCGACGUACGCUUCGCAUCCUCGACAUAUCCGCAAACAAAUGGCAAGUGGAACUACCAUCCGAAGCAAUCUCCAUCUUUGAGCGAACGCAUAAUAAAUGGGGAUCAUGGGGCUCUUGGGACCAAGCAACUUCUCCUUCAACAUCCGACGACUCUCCUAGAGCAAACCUGAUACAUCCCCCUACAAGUCCAAGCCGAUUUUCACCAUCUGCACUCCCAUUCCCACAUUCUCACACCGACCCUAUCGCCAUAAUUGAUACACAAAUCGGCUCUCAGUACGGACCACUCGCCGAUGUCCCAAUUUCAUUCCCUCCGGUGCAAGGAAUGCAUUCACCUCAAGCCCAACGACCAGAAUUCGCCCCUCCUGAACCAACAUACCUCCGGCCUCAAAUGGCCUAUCAAUUCGCACCAUUCCCAGGAUCCGUUCCGGCUCCCUCUCCUCCCAAUCCGAACAAGUGGUAUGAUGGCUCUGGGGCUCAUAUCUCACCCCAAAACGCAACGCCAACGUCAAUUGCAUCACCCGUGUCUGGGUAUGAUGGCACGGAAAACCUGGUCGAAGAGAGCCAGGACUGGUGGUCGAGAAGUGCUAAUGCAUAUGGCAUCGGCAUGGAUAGUUGGAGUGGUACUUGGAAUGCUGCUCAAAACCAGCCUUCUCCCAUGCAAUACCAAGACGGCAACCUAAUGUCUGUUCUUCAGCCUUCUGGUCCCGGCGAUGAGCAGCCUCAGGCUCCCGGGGGAAUAUCGACAGUCGAGUCGCCCUUAAAUCCCGAUGACACGACUGGGUAUGGGGAUAGAUGGAAAUAA